AUGUCAAUAACAAAUAAUGGAAUGCAUAUUGUAACUGCUGCACAUGAUCGAUCUAUUCGUUUAUGGGAAAGAACAGAAGAACCUUUGAUACUCGAUGAAGAAAAAGAACAGGAACGUGAAGCUCAAUUUGAAAAUGAAAUGGAAAAUGAUGAAUUUAUAUUACCUGGUGAAACAAAUAAAGAAGUUGGUUUAGCUACUUUAAAAACAAUUGAAAGUCUUAAAGGUGU